GUUUAGAUGUUAUAGGAAUAGUUACUAAUCAAGAAUGAUUUAAAAAUUCCAUUAAUGAUAUAAUUUGUAAAUAUAAUACAAAAAAUAUGGCAGAUAAAUCAAAAAAAUUAUCACGGUGGUAUUUUGGUGGGCUUUCUUCUGCAGGUGCUGCUUGUGUUACUCAUCCAUUAGAUUUGUUAAAGGUUCAUUUACAAACACAACAAAAAGGAAAAAUAUCCAUAGCACAACUAACAGUAUCUAUAAUAAGGAAUCAAGGAAUUUUAGCUUUGUACAAUGGAUUAAGUGCAUCUUUACUUCGUCAACUUACAUAUUCUACAAUAAGAUUUGGAGUAUAUGAAGUAGGGAAACAAACAUUUGAAAAAUCAGGACACACAAUGUUAUUUCAUCAAAAACUUUUAUUGGCUGGAUUCUCUGGGGCAACUGGUGGUGUCUUUGGAACACCAGGAGAUGUAAUUAAUGUUCGCAUGCAAAAUGACAUAAAACUUCCACCAGAACAAAGACGAAAUUAUAAGCAUGCUCUAGAUGGAAUAGUACGUAUAAUCCAAAAAGAAGGACUACAUAAAUUAUUUAGUGGAUGUUCUACAGCAACAUUAAGAGCUGCAUUAAUGAAUAUUGGGCAACUGAGCUUUUAUGAUCAAGUUAAAAUUACAUUAUUACAAACUGGUUAUUUUAAAGAUAAUCCUAUAACUCAUAUAGUAUCAAGUGUAUUUGCAGGUGCUGUAGCUACAACUCUUACACAACCAUUAGAUGUUUUAAAAACGCGAGCAAUGAAUGCUAAACCGGGAGAAUUUAAGAAUUUGGUGGAUCUAUUUUUGUAUACUGCUAAAUUAGGACCACUAGCAUUUUUUAAAGGAUACGUACCUGCUUUUAUCAGAUUAGCUCCACAAACUAUUCUUACUUUUGUCUUCUUAGAACAAUUAAAAUCUAAUUUUGGGUUCUAUCCUCCUAUUCCAAUGUCAUAA